CAUUCGAAUGAAAUUCAAUGCAGUGGGAUAUGUUGUAGAAAGAGAAUGGAGUAGCAUAACUACGUGUCAAGCUAAAGUGACCCUGAACCCUGACACAGCCAGCCCCAGCCUCACAGUCUCUCAGGAUGGCUCACAAGUGAGAUUCAAAGGGGAUGGAUCAGCAGGGUGGCCCAGUGUGCUGGGUAAGGAGGGGUUCACCUCCGGGAGGCACUACUGGGAGGUGGAGGUGGGGGAGAAGGGCUACUGGGCUCUGGGCAUCACCACAUACCUUGAUGAGAAGAGCAUACCUGAGAAACCAGAGGAGGGCUACUGGCUUCUGAGGCUGUGUAGAGGAAAUAAAUAUGAAGCUGUGAGCCAGUCCCUAGUCCCUCUCACACUGCAACGCAAGCUCUAUAAAGUGGGAGUGUAUCUGGACUAUAAGAAAGGAGAGUUAUCAUUUUACAAUGUGUACGAUGAUAGCAUGAGAUAUGAAAUCCACACUUUUAAUUACAAAUUCACUGAGGUCUACCCCAUCUUCAGCCCAGGGUCUCGAGAUAGAGGACCUUUGAAACUUAACUAAAGUUAACUAAACUGAUUAACAUAGAUUCAUAUGGUGUUUUUAAUUUUCUGGUACAAAAAUGAAAUUGCUAAUUAAUUGCAAUGACUAAUUUAAGACUGGCUUGGUUAGUCUGACCUGAUGGGAGGGGAACCUUAAAACAUGUGGGAAUGCGGUCAAGCUUAUUUCAUGAAUUAAUUGCCAAUUUAUAAAGGCUCAGCUCACUACAGCUCUGUAUGCAGGAGCAGCAGGUUGUUCAGCAUGGGUGAAGUAUAGUUUUGUUUUUGUAACAAUGUGUUUGGCAACGCUGAACCUCUGGGCUGAUUGCUUGAUCUGAUUAUGUGGUGGUGGGGAGGAAUAUCAUUGCACAGUAGUUAUAUGGAUGCAUAUAAACUGAAAUUAUUUUUAUUAUGCGUUAAUGUCUAGAAUGCUGCCCUUUUGUUACCAAAAGACUGGGGUUCUGGAACCAAAUGAAAUCUUUUCCUUGGUCAAACUUCUUUGUGUUGAGUUGUGUUUCUGUCACCAGGUUGUGGAGGCAUAUAAUAAAUAUGUAUAUAACAAA